GUUAUGAUCAAGGGGGGAAUCAGUCGCUUUCAAUUGACAACAGAGGUGGACAGUCAGACUUAAAUACAGGAAAACAACACAAAGGCAGAGAGAAAGAGGUGAGAAGCAAGUUGCUGCGAUAUCCCCUCAGGUUCUCAUGAGCAUUUUCACCUGAUACAGCCUCACAGCAGAGUUAGGGGUCUAACUUACACUUUUAUGCUUAGCGACACCACGACUUUGCUACGGGUUCACCAGCAGCUUGGGUUCACUGGAGUUUGGAGUCUGAAGGUCGCUUCUUUGUGUUUCUUUUAAUUUAAGCAUGGAGUCCCUUUCCUUUCCUUCCCAAAGAGGUGAAGACAGCAAUGUUUUCCACGUGGAAAGUGAUCUGGUGCGUAAAGGACCUCGUCGCAAGAGGGAAUUCAUACCCGAGGAAAAGAAGGAUGCCCUCUAUUGGGAGAAGCGUCGCAAGAACAAUGAGGCAGCCAAACGGUCACGGGAGAAGAGGAAGUUAAAUGACUAUGCACUAGAGUCGCAUUUCAUGGCUCUGAAAGAAGAAAACACCAGGCUUAGUGCUGAAUUGAUGGCCAUCAAGCUACAUUUUGGCCUGUCUCAGUCCACGGCAUACACAGGUCACCAAAGCAACCAACUGCAGCACCAUUCCCACAGCAGCAUCCAACCCAGCACCUAUAACCAAUCCCUGCAAGGGAAUCCCUACUGGAGCGCCAGAGACUCUUCCUCUGUGGCCAACCACCAGUCUUCUUACCCAUUUUUAAUUCCUGCAUAUGCCCUUCACACAAUGAGGGGCUAUUCUUACUUAAACGGAUCUGGCACAAGUGGAUCUGGUGUCCUAGCACCUCUUGUUCUUCCUCGAAAUCUGCUGCCACCCUACUCUGCCUGUCCUGGGGCUCCUCUCCCGAAGCCCUAUCCCACCAGAGCCAAUUCUGACGAAGAGGAGGAGCAGCAAGUACCAGGGGUUCUGUACCGAUCCGUCCCACGUCACAAAACAAGCACAAGGAAAGACAAAGGUUCUCCACUAAGACAAUACAUCUCCGACUGACAAGAACCAAGGGAGUAUUUCACUUCUGUUGCACCUACUUGUCACCUGGUUUAUUUAAAAUUUCUGUCAUUUGAAGUGUUCCUAAAAAAAAAAACGGCCCAAUUUCUCUAAGCUGAUAC